AUGGCUGCGACAUUGGAAAAAAUGGAAGUGAUAACUACAAGUGAAGCGGGAACCAUUGAAUCUGACGAGAACCUAUGCUUGGAAGAGGAGGAAUCGUUUUUCCAGGACAUUGAUUUAUUAAUAGAGCACAAUAUUUCAAACGAUGACUUAAAAUUAAUGAAGAAAAUCGGUGUAAAUACCAUAAAAGGAGUUCAAAUGAUUAUGAGAAAGAAGUUACUUCAACUAAAAGGUUUUGAUGAUGAAAAGGUUGAUAAAAUUAAAGAAGCUUGUUGUAAAAUUGCUCUUAAUAGCGGUUUUAUGACCGCCUUAGAAGUAUCCGAUCAAAGAAAACAGAUUUUUAAACUUAGCACUGGGAGCUCAAAGUUAGACAAACUGUUAGGAGGUGGUAUAGAAUCCAUGGCGAUUACAGAAGUGUUUGGAGAAUUUCGUACAGGAAAAACUCAGUUGUCGCACACUUUGUGUGUGACAGCUCAAAUGCCCGGUCCCAACGGUUACUUAGGAGGAAAAGUUAUGUUUAUCGACACAGAACACACGUUUCGACCAGAACGACUUCGAACUAUAGCUGAAAGAUUUAACUUGGACCAAACUACUGUUCUGGAAAACAUUUUGUAUGCUAGGGCCUACAACUCUGAACAUCAAUACGAAUUGCUUAACAGCGUGGCAGCGAAAUUCCACGAGGAAGCCGGCAUCUUCAAACUCCUCAUCGUCGACUCCAUCAUGGCCUUAUUCCGGGUUGACUUCAACGGUCGCGGGGAAAUAGCGGACCGUCAGCAGAAGCUAGGGCAGAUGAUGUCCCGCCUGCAGAAAAUAAGCGAAGAAUACAACGUGGCCGUUUUCUUGACCAAUCAGAUCACGUCCGACUUCAACUUAUUUCCUUCGGAAUCGGAGAAUCUACCGAAACCAGUUGGGGGUAACAUUCUGGCCCACGCUUCCACCACUAGGAUAGCCCUGAAGAAGGCCAAGGGCAACAAGAGAAUAGCCAAAAUCUACGACAGCCCGGACCUGGAGGAGAGCGAGGUCACUUAUGUUAUCACCAAUGGUGGAAUAGACGACCCCAAAGAUUAGGAGGUUCUGUGUUCAAUUUUAUCGCGUCAUGUUGGAAUAGAGUUCCGGUUUUCCAAAUGCGCAUAUCGCUUCGUCAAAUGUUUCCAUUGAUUUUAAUUUGUUUUUUUUUUGCGUUCGUGAUUAAGAAUCGAUAGUAACUUUUAAUAAGUGUAAAGGUUAAUACAAUUACAUACAAUGUUGUA